UAUGUUGUGAUACUUUUUAUUCUUCUAGGCUACGUUUUGCGUUGCACAACUGCCGGAUGAAAGUAACCCCAUAGAUCUAGUCUUAGUAGAUCUGGAUCUAGUCACUACAUUUUUGAGAAAAUACAAAUCGAUUCAGGCUAAAUUUAGGCGAUGGCUUCCAUAGAGAACAUUGGAGAAACACUUAGAGAUUCAAAACAGCCUCUGAAAGAGAGGUUCCGGGCUUUGUUUACCUUGCGGAACUUGGGUGGUAACGAUGCUGUUGAUCAAAUCACAAGUUGUUUCAACGAUGAGUCGGCCCUGUUGAAGCAUGAACUUGCAUUUUGUUUAGGUCAAAUGCAAAAUAGUCAUGCGAUUCCGAAGCUUAUAGAAGUGCUGGAAGAUAAAUCUGAAAACAUAAUGGUUCGCCAUGAAGCAGGUGAAGCCUUAGGUGCAAUUGGUGAUAUAACAGCUAUGGACGUUUUGGCUGAGUACUGUGAAGACCCUGUCACAGAGGUCGCAGAGACUUGCCAGCUGGCUGUAUGUAGGUUACAGUGGUUGGCGGAGAAGGCCAAAGUAGAAAACGACCUGCCUGACAAUCCGUACUUCUCAGUGGACCCUGCUCCACCUGCGAAAACAGGUGAUGUUGGUGAGCUGAAAACUACCUUGUUGGAUGAAAAUCUGCCGCUCUUUCAGAGAUACAGGGCAAUGUUCACGUUGAGAAACAUGGGCAGUAAUCCAGCUGUUUUGGCCCUUGCUGAGGGUCUGAAGUGCUCAAGCGCUUUGUUCAGGCAUGAGAUUGCCUACGUUCUGGGCCAGAUCCAGAGUGAUGCCUGCUUGGAUCAACUCUACGAAAAUUUGAAAGACGCGCAAGAAAGCCCUAUGGUGAGGCACGAAUGUGCAGAAGCCCUGGGCUCCAUAGCCACUCCAAAGGCCUCGAAAAUGCUGGAGAACUAUCUCAAAGACCCAGAGAGAGUCGUCCGAGAGAGUUGUAUCAUCGCUCUAGACAUGAGUGAAUAUGAGAAUGGGGAGGAUUUCCAGUAUGCAAACACUUUUAGUAAACUGAAAAAUACAGAUCCUAAUGAUGGCGCUCAGCCUGUAAUGUGAAACAUAUCAUUUAAAGGUUGUGCUUAUUUAAUGAUUUGAUGGUUUGAAUUUAAUUGCUGCAUGCAUGCAUGUGUGGGGAUUGCAAGGUGAGGGAAGAGGAGGGAGAUUUCUGCUUAAUUUGAUAUUCGAUGGAAGCCUGAAAUGUAAAUAAACUGUUCAUGAAUGACUGAUUUAUUGUGUAUUUUUUAUUUUCAGUGAUAUUGUCGUGAUAAAAUAUUGUUCUCUUCUCUUAUGCCUUUUUAUUUUUGACCUAGUGUUUAUAGUACUUCUAGACACAAAACCACUCAGGAUGCAGCGUAGAAAAUAAACAUGCUUUGAGUUGCUCCCAUCAUAUUGUAAGGAGUGCAUAUUAAUGAAUCCGUUUAAAUAUGGAGAUUUACAUUUUGUUUUUUUGUUUUUUAGCUACUUGUGUUUUCUUUGCCAUAUCAACAGACCGAAGGGCUGGAACCCAAAUGGCCGCUGGAUCGGAAAAGUAAACUAAAGUAAAGUAAGCUAGUUGUACAUUGAAAAAUAGAGAAGCCUUCACUUGUCUUUACUUAUUUUAACAUGGAAGUCACUUUGCCACUUUAAAUUAAUGUUUGAAACUUGAAAAUUCUCAGAAUUCCAUUCUUCCAAAUUAAAUCAGAAAUCACCUGUUGUCAGACAAUACGUGUUGGUGUCUAUGGAGUUCUUGCUAAGGGCCUGGUUGGUAGUUCACAGUUGUAGUGAAGGUGUGGAGGGUUGACAAGCGGGUUGGAUUAGAGAGUUCUGAAAAUCUUUUGGUUCUGUAUGGAAUGUUUUUUCAUCUCGAUCUCUCUGGGUUUUUUGGGUUUUUUUUACUGAUGAGGGACCAAGUUCUUCACCUUGGAAAUGAUGUACAGUCAAACAUAGGUAGAUCUAACUCGAAUUCGUCGGGAAUUAGAAAUAGUGUUUGAGAUUUCCGUAAUUUGCCAUGACCGGGAAAGCCCCAAAUACAAAGAAAUAUUAGAAAGAAAUUCAAGGGAGGUAUAAAAAAAACCCACUGAAACAAUUAACAUGUUUAGCUCCCUCGAAGAACGUGUUGACGGUGCGGAAGCAAGAAGAUGAAUAAAAAUUAAAGCAGAUAAUCUCACGAGAGCACAGUCAACUCCUACGUCAUUCCUUUCCUCUCAUUUCAUUGGCUUACAAAAAGUUACACCUCUUGCCAUCCGCACCGCGCGCGUCCCACAGAAUGGUUACACACGUAGUGAGCUAUUCAUUCUGUGCAGUCAGCAUCACUCCCGAACCCCCCCUUCCCCGUCCCGCCUUCCGCAACCCCUCUUCCUCCAGCCUCUUGUGGCGAGACAAGGACCGCGUUUUGGCUGUAAUUGUUACAGCCAAAACGUAAAGAAACACCUAGAUCUCUACCCAAGGCUAGAAAGGUGGUAAAGCCGAGUCUUUUGUUGAAAAUGUGAAGUGGGUUUGUUCGAGAUUCGAGUGUUGCAAGUAUAAUGUGUUCAGGAACUCCGUGAAGUAGAUACAAAGAAAACAUAGGGACCAAAAUAGGACCGAGCAUUAAUGUUCGAGUUACCCGAGAAUCCGUGAUUUUCGUGUUCGAGAUUCGUGGACUUUACUACUUUACUGUAGUUUGUUUCUUUUAGGGAGAUGAAAAUUGUUAAAAAAGAUCUCUGCUUCUUAAUUGCCUGCUGUCUGUCAAUGCAUAGCUUUCCAUCACCCACACGCACAGACAGAGUACUAAUAAUGAUACAGCUUUAUUUCACUGGUCUUUAUUUUGCUCCAUUUGUUGUCAAUCGUAGAUUUUUAUUUCAUCAUUAAAAAGAUUUUACGAAACGAGUGGUAGUGGUAGAGUGAAGAUACGAGAAUCGCAAAAAUAUUUGAUGGAAGGAACAGUCUUGAUUUAAGUUCUUCAUUACAUUACCAUACUUUAUCCAAUCUCUGGGCCAUUGGGUUUACAAUGAAAGCUUGCAGAGACGAUUUGGAAGUGAGCAAGCAAGAGCUGCAAUGUUUGCUGCAGUGGAUUCAGAACUGAAAAACAUUGGUAGUAGAGAUAGUGAAAUAACCAAACUUUGUAAUCGGAGCCAUCUAGAUCUAGAAGUUUUAAGUGAAAAGACAAAGGAAGGGGAAAGCAGAAGGGUUGUUCUAGAGAGGGCACCGAUGUCAAUGGUAUGCAACAAUAGCCUGGUCACAAAUACCGGUACAUGUAAUAUAAAACAUUAAUAAAGCUGAAAACG